AUGUCCAUGAAGAGACAAUCGACGCCGUUGAAGGCGCCUUUAAAGAUCAGCGCGCCUUCGGACUUCCGCAGAGUGCAGUCCUUCCAGCCCCCUCGGUCGACAACGUAUCAACCUUUAGAGCUCCGUAUACAUCGAUCAGGUAAUCGAUUAUCGGACCUACCUUCGUUCGAAUCGUUCCAGCUUAACGAUGGUCAUCGCAAGACACUGCCGGCGCCCGCGCGUGCCCUGACAGUAUCGACCGGUGUUCGAGAUCGACGCUGCCAAACGACCUUCGUGGUAUCUCGCAAGCCAGUUGGGUCUAAGAAACGUCGCUCACUUGGAAACCUAGAGCCGUUACUCGCCGAGCAGCCCAUUCGCAUCACCAGUGCUCUGAUCCCUCACUUCUCGACGGUGACCCCUGUCGAGAUCUCUUUCAAGGAGGAGCAGGCGUCAUCUCCCCCCCACGGCGGAUCUAUAUCUGAAGGCAACGGCUUGACGCUGAACAACCCGUGGCCCAGCCAAGGAGCUGACAGCGAGCCCUGGGGGAAAGCAUCGCAAACACCCAAUGCCUUCAACGGAUUACCCGCAGGAUCAGCGGAGACAUCACCAUCAAAGUACUCUCCAACAUCCAAAGACUCACCUUCAACAGCCAGCUCGCAAACAACACCAUCUCAAAUCUCAUCACUCCGUCGACCCUCCAUGCCAUUCCCAGAAACCAAAAGCAGAAUCAUAGAGUAUCCCUCUCUUUCAAACCGCGUUACUCAAUGGAUGCACCCUACAUCUACCGAGUCCACUCCUUCCCCCAAGCAAAUCUCCCCACCCGGCGAGUCCGACUUUACCUGGGAACGAACCCGCACACUGAGCGGCACGACCGUCGCAUCCACAACCACCACCAUCACCGGGGGUGGCGCAAGAGCCCGGAACAACAGCUCCAUCUCCAGUGUCUUCUCUAAUGCUAUAACCCCUCGUACUUCAUUCCAAGGCCCGUCACCGACAACGGACAAGGGUCUGGACGCUGGGAUCUGUCACCCGACUAUAUUGGAGCAUCAGCGGCAGGAUCUUCCUUUCUCUGCUUACCACGACGAUGAACAUACGCGAUACCGCGAGACCGGUAUUGGAUUGGCUUUUUGA